AUGGACAUGCCUGAUAAGAUGCGCGCCGCACAGAUUGUAGAGUAUGAGAAACCGUAUCAAUUGUGUGAGCGAGCUGUGCCUCGAUGCGGAGACAAUGAUCUUCUCGUCGAAGUUUACGCAGCCGGCUUCUGUCAUUCAGAUCUCCAGGUCUGGAAUGGCCAAUUUCCGGCGGCGCUUCCCAUGAUACCAUCGCACGAGCCGGCUGGAAAGAUUGUACAGAUUGGCGCGAAAGUGCAAGGCUCAUGGAAAGUUGGAGAUCGCGUUGGCGUUCUCAACUACAAGAAUGCUUGUGGACAAUGCGCAGGAUGUCGACAGCAUGGAAGACGAGCGAAACGUCCUGAUCCUCGCUUCUGCCAGAGCAGAAUUGUCGCUGGCUUCAAACACGACGGCGCAUUCGCAGACUACAUGCUGGCAGAUCCUAACACCACUGUGCAUCUCCCUGAUGGAGUUUCUUUCGAACAGGGAGCGCCGUUGAUGUGUGCUGGUGCGACGGUAUGGGGCGCGUUGCGAAAGCUGAGUCCCCAGAUUCAGCCAGGUGAUGCCGUAGCCAUAGUAGCCAUGGACAACCGUGAACAAGGCCGUCGGCUUGCGCUCGACUUGCCCGACAACCUGAGACCUGAUCUAGUCAUGGACUCAAGCGCUAAGAAUGCCGAAGAGAAGAUACUAGAGUUUACUUCAGGCGAAGGUCUCGCGGGCAUCGUAGUAUGCACAGAUUCGAUACCAGCCAACGCGUGGUGUCUUCAGCAACUGGGCAACGGCGGUGUUAUGGUCCCGCUAGGUCUACCAAAAGACAGCUGGAAGUUUGACUCUGAAGCUAUGGUAUUCCAUGAGCUCACCAUAAAAGGCAGCUAUGUCGCUAGUGCGGAGGAAGUUGAGUCCAUGCUCAAGGUCGUAGCCAAGCACGGCAUCUCGUCUCAUUUGACCGUGCUGAGCUUUACGGAGAUACCCAGUCUCAUAGAAAGAUACCAGCAUGCAUCUAUGAAAGGCCGACUAGUAAUCAAUAUGAAAGGAUAA